UAGCACAUGCGCACUGUGAAAGGACGCCGACUCGGCUGACGUCAAGAUGGCAUCCUCCUCGACAACAGAGGCCCUUUGGUAAAUUAAUUACAACAUUUAAUCGACAUUUUUCCGCUAUCGGCUGCAACAAAGAAGGCGUUUUUUAUAAAAAGCCGCGCUUGUCGUCGUCGUCGACUUUAAUAAAAUGGCGACUGGAGCCCGCCGUGCUAGAGUAGGCCUCUGACGUCAUCAUUGGUGGACGGCUUCAAAGCCAGCGUUUUUUUUUGCUACGAUGAGACAUAAACACGCCACUUAGCCGCUCGCCUGCGGUGCGCGACUAAAUAGGACUCGUUGAUGCUGGCGUGUGGUCUGAGAAGAGAGUUUAAGACUAGCUAAGUACGCUAAGUGUGAGAAUAUAGCGGCGCAUGCUAGGCUAGGCUAGGCUAGCUAGCUAACCUGACCUCGGCCGGGAAGCUUAAGUAGUUUUAAAAUGUUCCUAAGUAACAAUUGUACCUUCUUAACAUCCGGGCAUUUAGACAGUAUUAACAACAUUUAGUCGUGAACGUACCUUAGUACCUUCUUAAAGGAGCAGUAGUGGAACAUCCGGGCAUUUCGCAGUAGUGGAACAUCCGGGCAUUUCGCAGUAGUGGAACAUCCGGGCAUUUAGGCAGUAUUAACAGCACUUAAUGGUGAGUUCAUCCAAGUAGACUUAUUAGCUUCCAUGAGGGAGCCUCGCUCUCGGACUUGACCAGGGGUGGUGGUGGAGAUGUCGGAGCUGCCGCAGAUGCCGCCGGAGCUCUGGGUGUCCGUGUUCAGCUACCUGAGCACGGAGGAGAAGCACGCUGUCCGCGGCUGCUGCCGAGCCCUGAAGAAGCUGGUGGACCACCCGUACCUGUGGAGGAGGUACACGGUGGUGCUGACGGACCUCCGCCGCUACACCUUCGGCUUCUGGGACACCCUGCGCCAGCGCAAGCUGACCCGGGUGGCGGUGCGCCACCUCCGGCGGAAGGAGUGGCGGCGGCUGGUCAAGUUCCUGCCGACGCUCACCGCCAUCGUGUUCGUGGACGGCGGGCGGGUCUACAAGCAGAAGUACCUGGACCACCUGAUGCAGUUCCCGGACAUCAGGGACGUGGGCGUGCGGGACACCACCUGGACGGAGCCCAUGCUGGGCCCCGGCCUGAUCGCCCACCUGAAGGAGCGGCUGACGCACUUGAGCGUGUGCAACGUCAGCCUGCCGUGCACCGUGGCCUUCGUGGCGGCCGUCUCGCAGCUCGGCAACCUGCGCUACCUGCUCUUCCACCAGCAGGGCUACGGCCUGGACAAGGUGCGCCCCGUGCCCCGGGAAGACUUCCACCACAUGAUGGUGCGCCUAAAGAAGCUCAAACACCUCUCGUGGGGGAUGCGGGGGGAGCCCCAGGAACCUCUGCCGGAUGACUACCUGAGUCCCCCGGACCCUCGGCAACCAGGCGCCCAGUACGGCGGCCCGGCCCUGACCACCUUGGAGCUGGUGGACUACCCCGAGACCAUCCUGCCCGAGACGGCCCUCUGGAGCCUGACCUCGCUGCGCUCGCUGACGGUGCGCUACAGGUACAUCCGAGAUGGCGUGGACUGUCGCCUGACCUCCUGGCUGACUCCCCUCAAGAACCUGGAGUCUCUCAGCAUCAUCGGUGGGAACUCCCUGGCCGUCUACACCACCACCAUCCCCGCCAGCGUGACCAGCCUGACUCUGCGCGUGGCCAUCACUCUCAAGGACCUGGACUCCAUCGCCCCCAAGGUCCUGUCCCUGGAGCACCUGGACAUCGAGCAGAACCGCUCCAGCGGCAGCCUGUGUCGCCGCAUCCCCAUGCUGUUCCCCCAGCUCAGGACUCUGCGCAUCAGGUUCUUCCGCCGGGAGCCGGAGAAGGACCUGCUGAGCCUCCACCGCCUGCGGCACCUGGAGCGGCUGGAGCUGCUGGUGGAGCGCUCCUUCAUCCUGAGGGACUACCUGAACGGACACCCCUGGCCCAGCCCCACCGUGCAGGGGCUCAUCAACCAGCUGCGGGGGAUGUCGGCCAACAGGAUCACCGUGGUCACCGCCAUGCGCCAGAGAAACCCCCUGAGGGAGUGCAACUGCGUGUGGGAGGGAGACCGAUGAGUACUCCUCUUUUCUCCCAUUCAGGACUUUGACGUAGCUGCAUUCCCGCUCUAGCUUAUUUCUACCUUAUUAUUUUCCUUUCAAACCUUUUGGACCAUUGGUCGUAAUCAUUGAUAGCUAAUGCUAGGCUACAUGCUAAAUGAGCUUUAGCCACAAAAGCAUUACAUAGUAAGUACUCGGUACUUGUGGACCGGAUGAAGAUUGUACAGCAUUUUGGGUUUUUGGAAAGAGGAGCCAAAUAUAUUUUCCUUUCAAACGUUUUGGACGAUUGAUCGUAAUCAUUGAUAGCUAAUGCUAGGCUAAAUGCUAAAUGAGCCUUUAGCCGCAAAAGCAUUACAUAGUAAGUACUCGGUACUUGUGGACCGGAUGAAGAUUGUACAGCACUUUGGGUUUCUGGAAGAAGGCGCCAAAUAAAUUCUGAUGAAAAAGAUUUGGUGGAAAAUUGGAUGGAAAUGCUGCCAGUUAGCAUGCUAGUCAAAUAGCGUCGGUUAACGACAAUAAAAGGAGGGAGGCCGAUGAGUACUCCUCUUUUCUCCCAUUCAGGACUUUGACGUUGCUGCAUUCCCGCUCUAGCUUAUUUCUACCUUAUUAUUUUCCUUUCAAACCUUUUGGACCAUUGGUCGUAAUCAUUGAUAGCUAAUGCUAGGCUACAUGCUAAAUGAGCUUUAGCCGCAAAAGUAUUACAUAGUAAGUACUCGGUACUUGUGGACCGGAUGAGGAUUGUACAGCAUUUUGGGUUUUUGGAAAGAGGAGCCAAAUAUAUUUUCCUUUCAAACGUUUUGGAUGAUUGAUCGUAAUCAUUGAUAGCUAAUGCUAGGCUACAUGCUAAAUGAGCUUUAGCCGCAAAAGCAUUACAUAGUAAGUACUCGGUACUUGUGGACCGGAUGAAGAUUGUACAGCACUUUGGGUUUCUGGAAGAAGGCGCCAAAUAAAUUCUGAUGAAAAAGAUUUGGUGGAAAAUUGGAUGGAAAUGCUGCCAGUUAGCAUGCUAGUCAAAUAGCGUCGGUUAACGACAAUAAAAGGAGGGAGGCCGAUGAGUACUCCUCUUUUCUCCCAUUCAGGACUUUGACGUAGCUGCAUUCCCGCUCUAGCUUAUUUCUACCUUACUAUUUUCCUUUCAAACCUUUUGGACCAUUGGUCGUAAUCCUUGAUAGCUAAUGCUAGGCUACAUGCAAAAUGAGCCUUUAGCCGCAAAAGCAUUACAUAAUAAGUACUCGGUACUUGUGGACCGGAUGAAGAUUGUACAGCAUUUUGGGUUUUUGGAAAGAGGAGCCAAAUAUAUUUUCCUUUCAAACGUUUUGGACGAUUGAUCGUAAUCAUUGAUAGCUAAUGCUAGGCUACAUGCUAAAUGAGCCUUUAGCCGCAAAAGCAUUACAUAGUAAGUACUCGGUACUUGUGGACCGGAUGAAGAUUGUACAGCACUUUGGGUUUCUGGAAGAAGGCGCCAAAUAUAUUUUCCUUUCAAACCUUUUGGACCAUUGGUCGUAAUCCUUGAUAGCUAAUGCUAGGCUACAUGCAAAAUGAGCCUUUAGCCGCAAAAGCAUUACAUAAUAAGUACUCGGUACUUGUGGACCGGAUGAAGAUUGUACAGCAUUUUGGGUUUUUGGAAAGAGGAGCCAAAUAUAUUUUCCUUUCAAACGUUUUGGAUGAUUGAUCGUAAUCAUUGAUAGCUAAUGCUAGGCUACAUGCUAAAUGAGCCUUUAGCCACAAAAGCAUUACAUAGUAAGUACUCGGUACUUGUGGACCGGAUGAAGAUUGUACAGCACUUUGGGUUUCUGGAAGAAGGCGCCAAAUAAAUUCUGAUGAAAAAGAUUUGGUGGAAAAUUGGAUGGAAAUGCUGCCAGUUAGCAUGCUAGUCAAAUAGCGUCGGUUAACGACAAUAAAAGGAGGGAGGCCGAUGAGUACUCCUCUUUUCUCCCAUUCAGGACUUUGACGUAGCUGCAUUCCCGCUCUAGCUUAUUUCUACCUUACUAUUUUCCUUUCAAACCUUUUGGACCAUUGGUCGUAAUUCUUGAUAGCUAAUGCUAGGCUACAUGCAAAAUGAGCCUUUAGCCGCAAAAGCAUUACAUAAUAAGUACCUAGUACUUGUGGACCGGAUGAAGAUUGUACAGCAUUUUGGGUUUUUGGAAAGAGGAGCCAAAUAUAUUUUCCUUUCAAACGUUUUGGAUGAUUGAUCGUAAUCAUUGAUAGCUAAUGCUAGGCUACAUGCUAAAUGAGCCUUUAGCCGCAAAAGCAUUACAUAGUAAGUACUCGGUACUUGUGGACCGGAUGAAGAUUGUACAACACUUUGGGUUUCUGGAAGAAGGCGCCAAAUAAAUUCUGAUGAAAAAGA